AUGGGUUACCAUUUUUUACCUAUUGGAGAAAUCAAGCCGCUGCACAUCUGGCUGAGCUACUGCCUGUCUAGGCUGUACUGCAGUGAGAACGGCCAUGUCGGUGUGUACAGUCAGGAGAGCCACAGCUGCUCCUGUCCCUAUGCCCCUGUGUCCUGCCAGGGUGUUAUCCCCUGCUCCGUGGGAGACAGCUCCCGCUGCACCUCCUGCUCCACAGAGAAUCGCACACGCUGCUCCAGCUGUAACGCAGGCUUUACUCUGACCCAGGGGGUCUGUCGGCCAUCUGUGCCUGACCCCACUGACCCUUACCUGGGGCUGGAGAGUGACCGCGACCUGCAGGACCUGGAGCUGCGUUAUCUCCUGCAGCAACGCGACCCUCGCAUCACCUUGCAUGGAGUGUUUGUGAGUAACGAUGUGCGCGUCAACACCUGGUUUGACCCGUCCUGGAGGAAGAGGAUGCUGCUAACACUCAAGAGCAAUCGAGUCAAAUCCAACCGCGUCCACAUGCUGCUGGGAAUCGCACUGCAGUUCUGUCUCACCAGUAACAGCACUCUGGAGCCAGCCUUCUCUCUGUUUGUCAACCCGUUUGGAGGCAGCCACGCAGAGAGCUGGACCAUGCCCAUAGGCCAGAGUGAAUACCCGGACUGGGAGCGCACCAAGCUGGACAGACCCUUGGACUGCUAUAACUGGACCCUGACUUUAGGUAACCGCUGGAAAAGCUUUUUUGAGACUGUCCACUUUUAUUUGCGUAGUCGUAUCCGGGAGCCGGGGGGUGGGAAUCGUACUACGGUGUACUAUGAACCACCUGUGCCCACAGAGCCGACCAGUAAUGUGGGCUACAUCAAAAUCAACAGCAUGCAGCUGCUGGGGUACAGCGUGCACUUUGACCCAGAGGCAAUUCAGGACUUGAUCCUGCAGAUCGACUAUCCGUACACUCAGGGCUCCCAGGACUCCGCCCUGCUGCAGCUGGUGGAGCUGCGCUACAGAGUGAACCGGCUCUCUCCUCCAGGGGCCCCACACACAGACCUGUUCUCCUGCCUGCUCCGGCACAGACUCAAACUGUCCAGCGCAGACGUUAGCCGCAUCCUCACUGCCCUGCAGGACUUCAGCUCCAGGCAGCCCAACCACCAGGAGUACGAGGCCAACAAACUGUGCAGCUAA